UUCAACAAUCCAGUCGAUAAAUUCUGAGUCGGGCACAGCAAAUUUUCAAAUAUUUUACCCCAAAAAAUUUUCUGUAAUUCCAUUUUUGCAAAUAUUUCGGCUGCACACCACCACCACCACAAUCCCCCCCUUUACACAUAUACACUUUAUACUUAAUUCGCCCCCGAACGAAUACCUGAAGACCCAAGAUGUCGGACAAUGCAGCAGUUACUGGCGUUCUUAGCGCCCUGCUCUGCGGCGUUACUGGCUUUGGUUUCUACAAGAUGGCACCCCAGGAGCAUCCGUAUGCUUUUACAGCCUGUGUGAUUGGCUUCUGUCAUGGAUUUCUGGGCCUAGUGGCUGUCGUCGCUGGCGAGAGUGAAAGCGCGAAUAGUGCCAAGGAGACGACGACGGCAAUUAUGGAAAUAGUGCCGUUACCUCUGGUCAACAUCGAGCUAUUCUUUAUGUCCGAGAGCAACAAUAUAGCACUCGGUCAUGGCCUCUUCAUUGUGCCAAUGGCUGUCGACUUGCUCCUGAGCCUGUUCAAGGACGAAGGUGGUGACGAAAAUGAGACGCGCGAGACUUUAAAGAAUCUAACCAUAUUGGGAAAUAUCACGGCCCUCCUAUAUCUGGCCAUUAAUGAGAGCAACUGGAUAUAUGGUGGCAUGGCCGGUCUCGCCUUCAUCGCCAAAUACGGUGCGAUGUUCAUUGAUAGCCAAUCAGAGGGCUCCGGACCACCAAUCACAAUGCUUGCGUAUACGGGCUUCUUCUACUGCACGGCCAUUUCGAUGGGUGGGGACGCAUAAGAGGGCUGCAUGUGGCGGAUGACUGUCGUUCUGGCAACCGGAUCCAUACCCUCCUAUCUGGUUGCCAUCAUUUCCACUCACAAGACAUCAAAACUAUACAAUUUGAGCAGCGCAAUUCAAUUCUUUUCUAUUCCACACUCGAGCACACAUUCCACGGAUAACAGCAUGGACGAGCAUGUUGAUAAAUUCCAUAUAUAUACAAAUACAUUUAUACAUAUAUAGCACAUACAUACAUACAAACACAUGGUAAACAUAAAUAAAUAAGAGAGAGGCGAAAUUUAAAA